GCUAAAAUGCUUUGAAAACCAUCUACCAAAAUACUAGUUUUAAGAGUGUUUGUGGUACUGGGAGAAGUGACUGUUUUAUGGUGAGCAAGGUGUAUGUAGCAAGUAAAGAACAGAAAUCUCUAUUCCUGCGGGGCAGGGGGAAACUAUCCAAAGGCCCUGAUCUUGUAACUCAACCUACACAAGUGGACCCUAUUAACUGGAUGCAGGAUUAGAGCCAAAGUUGCAGAUUGUUGAUCUUGCAGAGAACCUUCCGUGAUGUCCUGGGAGGUGGGAUGGUGCUGGUGCUACAGAGGCACCUGCCUACCUAGUGUGGGCCCCUCAUCUAGGAGUAGUUUGUGUACACACGUCAGAUGGAGCCUCCUGUACUGGCUUUCGCUCUUUGGAUAUUUGCCUUUCUUUCUGUUCCUGCGGCUGGUUAUCCAAAUGGAAAAGUAAGAGAGGCCUGCAGUAGUAUGAUGCCUUACCAUGGACAUUCUCCACAGCCAUCCCCUGAGCACACUAUAUCAGUGAAUGAGACCAAAUUUAGACCAGGGGACCAUAUAAAAGUUAGUUUAUCUGGUCCAGUUUUUAAAGGAUUUUUCAUACAAGCCCGGAAUGCAGAGAACUUGACUGGCCCUGCAGUUGGCUCUUUUAUGCUAGCUGAAGAAAGGAUUUCUCAGCUCCUGACAUGUGGACUUGUAAAGAAUUCUGCUAUCAGUCACACAAGUAAAUCGAAAAAGACAAAUGUAGAGGCUUAUUGGGUUGCUCCCACAGAUGCACCAGAACAUGUACAAUUUCUAGCCACAGUUGUAGAGAAGUAUAAAAUCUUUUGGGUGAAGAUUCCUGGUCCCAUUGUUUCCCAACCUAAUGCACCACCUUUGACAACACCUACAAGUAUUACACCAGACACUCUACCAACUUCACAGCCAGUUUUCCAUCUAACAACAUCAUUUAAUGCCUCCAGCUGUGGAAUUACAAAGUUCUGCAUAAGGAAUCCUCCAAAAUGUGAUCCUGGGGCUGCCUAUUGUUUCUUUCUGUCCUUCAAACAAAAUAACCACUUGGUACUUAUUGAAAUGAGUGGUCCUAGUGAAGGAUACAUAGCCUUUGCAUUAUCUCAUGACCAGUGGAUGGGUGACGAUGAUGCAUAUCUGUGUAUUAAUGAAGGUCACCGUAUUAAUAUAAACACGGCCUAUCUUAGUGGGCGAACUCCUCCUGUGUUGGACUCAGAGAAUGGCCUUGAAGAUAUCUCAUGGAGGGUGGCUGAUGGUCUUCUUCAGUGCUCUUUCAGAAGAAACCUUCAUCUUCCUGCUUAUAAAGAGAGGUUUAAUCUAGAUGCUAAUUAUUACAUAUUUCUGGCAGAUGGGGAGGCGAGUGAGGGAGGUCUAAUUCACAAACAUCAUCGUCAGCCUCUGAUGACCAAUGGAAUGUACAAUGUCACAGACUCUCCAAAGGAUGUAGGGGGAUCCCGCUCUCCACUUCUUCUUAAACUCCAUGCUUCAUUAAUGUUUGUUGCAUGGAUGACUACAGUUAGUAUUGGCGUUAUCGUUGCCAGAUUCUUCAAACCAGUUUGGCCUCAUUCAUUGUUUGGGAAGGAGAUUUGGUUCCAGGUCCAUCGUAUGCUGAUGUUGACGACAGUGCUUCUUACGAGCAUCGCUUUUGUUCUUCCUUUUAUAUACAGAGGAGGCUGGAGUGAAUGGGCAGGAUUUCACCCAUACCUUGGCUGUACCGUGAUGGCUCUGGCAAUCUUUCAACCUCUGAUGGCAGGUUUCAGACCACCUCCUCAUGCACCAAGAAGGCAAGUAUUUAACUGGGUUCACUGGAGUACUGGCACAACAGCUAGAAUACUAGCUGUGGUGACUAUGUUCCUGGGAAUGGACCUACCAGCACUCAACCUUCCAGAUCCAUGGGACACUUAUACAAUGAUUGGAUUUGUAUCUUGGCAUGUCAGUAUUGAUAUUCUCCUGGAGAUACAUAGCUACUGUCUCAUUCGCAAAGUUGAAGUGAUCGAUGAGGAUAGAAUACAAAUUCUUCAGUCACUUACAUCGGCAGAGGCAGAGGCAAGUUGCUACCUUGUAAAGAAAAGCACACACCGUGAAAUACUUUCCAACACUGUAAUUGUGAAAUGUGUAUUUUCUCUUACAGGGCCAUACAUUUAAAGAGAUGGUGUUAACCAUCUACAUCUGUGGAAAUAUAGCAUUCCUUAUUACCUUCCUGGCAGCAAUCCACCAACUAUGAAUUUCUGGCAAGGACAUUAGAUGUUGAGCAUUUGCAGUGAAAUCAAGAGUGAAGCACCACUCAAGGAAUUCUUACAGAUACCAAUGUUGCCUCAAUAUCUUCCUGAAGUUAUACUUGAAGAAUAAUUGUG